AUGGUUUUGCCAACCAUUGUCAAGGCUACUGUUGUAGCAGUAUUGAUUUGCAGGUAAGUAUAAGUUUUUUUAUAAUUUGUUACUUAAAAAAAAUUUAAAUUCUAAAAAAAUUUAAAAAAAUUUUAAAAAUUUCAAAUUUCAAAAAAAUUUUAGCACCCUAGCCCAAUACCCACCCCAACCACACCAACCACACCAACCAGACCCCUACCAUCCUCCAGAUAAUUACAAUUCAUGGCCAAAUCCUCAACCCAACUACCCUUCUCAAAACUACCCUCAAGCACCUGAAAGUGACGAUGAGUACGUUCCACCACCAAGCGAGUACGAUGGUGCUCCACAACAUCCUAGAGGCUAUAGUACUGUAACGCACGAUAGUCAUCGUCAAGUUCAUGAUAGUAGGUAUGAAGGUCAUGGUGAUGGAUAUGAAGGUCGUGGUGAUAGAUAUGAUAAUCAUGUUAAUGGAUAUGAAGGUCAGCACGGUAAUGGAAAGUACGAUGAUAAGCACAAUGAUAAUGGGUACCUUGGUCCCCGUGAUGAUGCGAUUGAACAUAGUCAACGUGAAGGUGCCAACUACCAUGACCAACGUGAAGAUGGUCGAUACAAAGCCAAACAUGACAGAUACAGCCAUGAACAACACCAUGGUGGAUACGAUAGUCACCGUGAUCACGGUAGCCACAAUGGUCAACAUAAGGAUAACCAGUAUCAUCAUAAACAUCAUGAUGAUAGUUACGAUAGUCGUUACGGUAGUAACGAUCAUGAUGACUAUGGUAAACACAGUCAAGGUUCAAAACAUGAAGGCAGAUACGAUGACCAGCCUGGUAGAUACGAUGACAACCCUGAUCGAUACGAUGACAAGCCAAGAUACGAUGAUAGACCAACAUAUAAACCAGUACCAAAGCCUCAACCGGCUCCAUAUGUACCAAAACCUGCUCCAGCCUCGGCACCAUAUGCUCUAGCUCCUCAACCAGCCCCAGCACCAUAUGCUCCAGCAACUCAACCAGCCCCAGCACCAUAUUCUCGACCACUUCAACCAGCUCCAGCACCAUAUGCUCCAGUACCACAACGUGCACCACAACCAGAACCAUAUUUAACAAAGCCAGCUUCAAGCCCUAGCGGUGGGGGCUAUGCUCAUCCUCCUAAACCAAGACCAGAACCGUACCCACCAGCUCCUCAGCCGGCUCCAGCACCACAGCCGGCUCCAGUUCCAUAUGUACCACAGCCGGCUCCACAACCAGCUCCGGGUCCAUAUGUACCAGCACCUCAGCCAGCUUCAUAUGCACCAGCUCCAGCCCUUCAACCAGCACCAGCUCCAUAUGCACCAGCAUUAGCCCCUCAGCCAGCCCCAGCAUCGUAUGCACCAGUCCCAGCUCCAUACAAACCAGACCUACAGCCGGCCCCAGCCCCUCAUCAUCCCCACGCACCUGGUUUCGCCCCACCCCCAAACAGCGGCUCUUCUGAACCGGGAUACGACCGUCAUCCAAAAGGACAUCACAACAAGGGUAAGGAUAACAUAAAAAACAAUGUUGGGCAAAAGUAUUCUUACGCUUACAUUUAUUAGAGCAAGUGGAGCUUAGAGUAGGGCUAAGAUAACGCAAAGAGCAAAGCUAAGGUAAAGUUGAAGUAGAAUUGUUGUAGAGCUAAUAAGGUGCCGCUAAGAUAAAGCUGGAAGGCUGUCUUAUAUCCCUAGAGGUAUGGCUAACAAUAUGGCUAUGACUAUGGUUACAACUAGAGCUUAGCCUAAACGUAUGGCUAUAAAUAGAGCUUAAUCUAAAGCUAUAGCAAAGACAAGGGCACAAAUUUAAGCUAGAGCUCAACUUGAGGCUGGGACUAGGGCCAGGGCCGGGCGGGGACUUUUGGUCUGGGGGCAGGGGUCCAAAAACCUGUGCCGAUUUUUUGCGAAAAUUUUUUUCCAAAAAUCCACAGGGGGGACCACGUUCAAAUUUUUUCAAAAAUUUUUUUCGCGCCCGGCCCUGACUAGGGCUAAGGCUAAAACUAAGGGUAUAGCUGAAGCUAAGGCUAAAAAUAAGGAUAAGGCCAAAGCCAUAACUAGAGCUGAUUUGUGAUAUAGCUAGGGUUAUGAUAGACUUAAGGUUUAGUCAAUAUAAGCCAUAGGCAAAGUAAAGAUAGAUAAAGCAAGAAUAAGGCUAGAGUAAGGCUAGGCUACCGCCUUUCAAAUAAUACUCAAAAUUAAAAAAAAAAUUGUAGACCACCACCAUCCUAAGCACUACGACGACAAAGAUUGGGAAAGUUUUGAUGACCGAACCUAA